AUGGCUUACGCCUCGAGCAAAGUGGCCAAUAUUUACAUGACGAAUCACGGUGAGCGUCUUUACGGUGCCCAAGACCUUCAUGCCUACACACUUCACCCAGGCGCUUUCAUCAGCCCGAACCUGCAAAAGUUCUCCAAGGCGGAGACAGAGGCGCUCAGUCAGGGAGACGACAGACCAAAGAAGUAUAUGAUUUCUCAGGACCAGGCUUGCGCAACAACUAUUUAUGGCCCUGUCUCGGGUGAGAUAGAAGGUCGAGGAGGUUUGUAUCUGGAGGGAGCGUCUAAGUCGGGGCCUUGUCCUCCUGAUUCGGAUGCUGUUGAGUAUGGAUACGCAAGUUGGUCUCAAGAUAAGGCCAGGGAAGAAGAGCUAUGGGAAAAGAGCAAGAAGUGGACUGGCAUGUAG